AUUAUUGACGUAUUUGAGAAAUUUGACGUAUGUAUUUAAAACAAGACAAGAUAUCAACAAAUAAAACGUUUAUUUAUUAUUUAGUAACAUUAGAAAACCCUCUCCUUUUUAAAAAAAGUAUAAAUGGAUAAAAUAUUUCAAAUAGAAUCGUAUGAAUUAUUUCAAAAUGUAUCUCAAGAAAUCUUGGCUAAUUUGUAUUACUCAGGAUCCACAUCAACAGUGCCAUACAUAGAAGCUGAUACUGUUCAAUUAGCAAAACAGGAAUUGAUCUUAAUAAUCUCGGAUUGCAAUUUUGACUUGGAACAAAUUAAAGAUGUAAUUAAAAGUAAAGACUGGGCUCCUGAGAAAGUGAAAUGCUUUCAAGAAUUGUUAGAAGCAAACAAGUCUAAUGUCCUUUACUCAGCCUACAAUCACUUCAACAGUAGUUACUGUGAAACUGUUCUUGGCUAUGAUUGGAUUGUAAAAUUAGUCCUUGGAACAAGUGAAUUGAAGACAAUCAAGUACUCGCUAUUACAAUUAGUAAUGACAACAUUAAAUAAAACUGGAAAACCAAAUAAGAUCCUGUAUGAGGUCAAUAAAGACAUGUUGUUGAAAAUUAUAAACAGUUUAGAAAGCUUAAAAUAAACGAUUUGAUUACCUAAA